GCAUCACUUCCAAACUCAGGUGUUUCCAACCUACUAGAACACGUGGACAAAGCCUGCGGCAAAUCUGGCUUCUGCCAGUCCCGUCCACACUUGGAGCGCAGCUCUUUCCAGGAUCUCUGCACAGAGGGUGGCUGGCAUUAGACAAGGACUGAGCCAGAGGAGAAGAGUACAGAGCAGAGCCAUGAAUAUCAUCUUGGGUCUCCUCCUGCUUCUGCUCACCAUCAUCUACUCCUACUUGGAGGCACUGGUGAAGGUUUUCUUUCCCCGAAGGAGAAAAUCUGUGGCUGGGGAGGUUGUUCUCAUUACAGGAGCCGGGCAUGGAAUAGGCAGGUGGACUGCCUAUGAAUUUGCAAAACGGAAGAGCCAACUGGUUCUGUGGGAUAUUAAUAAGCGCGGUGUUGAGGAAACGGCAGCCGAAUGCAGGAAACUGGGGGCCACUGCGCACACGUAUGUGGUGGACUGCGGUAACCGAGAAGACAUUUAUAACUCUGUAAAGCAAGUAAAGAAAGAAGUGGGAGAUGUAACCAUCCUGGUGAAUAAUGCUGGGACAAUAUAUCCAGCUGACCUUCUUAGUACCAAGGAUGAAGAGAUUACCAAAACUUUUGAGGUCAACAUCCUAGGACACUUUUGGAUCACAAAAGCACUUCUUCCGUCCAUGAUGAAGAGAAAUCAUGGCCACAUUGUCACAGUGGCUUCAGUGUGUGGCUGUGGAGUGAUUCCUUAUCUUAUUCCAUAUUGUUCCAGCAAAUUUGCUGCUGUCGGCUUCCACAGAGCUCUGACAUUAGAACUUGAAACCUUGGGGAAAACCGGAAUCAAAACCUCGUGUCUCUGCCCAGUUUUUGUGAAUACUGGGUUCACCAAAAACCCAAGCACAAGACUAUGGCCUCUUUUGGAGACAGAUGGAGUUGCAAGAAGCUUGAUAGAUGGAAUACUUACCAAUAAGAAGAUGAUUUUUGUUCCAUCAUAUUUCAAUAUCUAUAUAAUACUAGACAAAUUUCUUCCUGAAUGUGCCUUGGCAGCUAUAAAUCACUUACAGAACAUUCAAUUUGAAGCAGUGAUUGGCCACAAAACCAAAAUGAAAUGAAUAAUUGAGCUCCAGCCAGAGAUGUGUGCACCCUAAUGAUGUAAACCUAAGUUUAGAAUCAAUGCUUCAAAGCUUAAUUUCACAUUUUUCAAUACUGUUAAUAUAAAAAAAACCAUUAGUUUGACAUCAGCAGCAGUCAAAGGAACAAGACUAAUUACCUGUCUUUCUCAAGAAUAUUAAUGUAGCUUUAACAGUCAGAUCCAUUCUUCAUUCCAUGCCCCUUAAAAACUUCUGUGCUUACAUAAACAUACUCAAAAGGCCUCUUUUCUUCAGAUAUUUUAUUUUAUUUUUCUUUCUGCUUCAAGGGGAACAAAGCCACCUCCCUGAGAGUAAAUACAAAGAGAAGUUAUUUACAUGGGGAAGGUUGAAGACCUUGUCAACAUGUACACCAUGUGAGCUAGCAGUUGGAGACGAGAUUUAAGUAGGCCGCAGUGCUCCGAAGGACAAAGAGGUUACUUCUAUGAAAUUCAGCAUUUGGAAGCUUUCACUGGCUUCUCCCUUUUCAGCAGCCCAAAACAGUGCAACGGUAUUCUGUAGUUUCUUGCUUGAUUCUGUCCUUUGUAUCGCUCUUCUAUCCACCAAGAGUGGACACGAUCCUUUCUGCCCUUUUCAUAACCUCUUAAAAUACUAUGACAUUACAAAACCUGACUCUCUUUGAAUCUCAGAAUAUCUGAAAUUUUAACCCCAGGAUAAACCCCUCUUUCUUUGUAGUUUAUGCUUUCACAUAUCAUUGGUACCAGAGAUGUUGAGAUAGUUUUGAGCUUCAAAAAUGAAAACUAACACAGAAAAAAGAAUUAGGCUGACUACCCAAUACUAGACAGUAGAUCUGAGAGAUAAGUGAGUGUUCUCUUUAAAGAUCUGAUUCCCACUACAUCAAGAGUAAUCUUUUUUGUGUUUUUCUCAUAUAUAAUACACUGCUUUUACAUCAACUAUCUGCCUGUUUUUAUUAAAAAUGAAUGAUUAAAAACAAAUCAUUAA